AUGUUGAAGAAUAGAUUUCAAGCGAGAUUAUUCUCAAAUAGUUCUUUAUUGUAUGCAAAACCUCCAACUCGUGGUAGGUCUCAAGGUUUUGCCAAGAAACCUACUGGAACUAAAACUUCUACCAAGAAGGUUGCUGUAGGUUCAAUGGUUAAAAAUUGGAAAGAUCUAAUUGCUACUUCAAAAUUCAAUAGAAAUGCAGUAAAGGUUGACUUACCAAUUUACCAACCAACCAAUAAAUUAGAAGUUAGCCAGGUCACCAACUAUUCAACUUUACAUUAUAGAUAUCUGUUUCAUUUGGGUUCUUUCAAACAUAAUCAAUUCAAUGAAUUGUUCCCAAAACCAAUUUCAUUAGUUCGUGAAGGCACUACAAAGAAAUUUCUUGAUCUAUUGAAGAAGUCAGCCAAUAAAAAAUUCAUUGUAACAGGUGAACCUGGUGUUGGUAAGACUGUAUUGUUGUCACAAGUACACGCCUUUGCUACCGAGGCUAAGAGCAUUACAGUCAACAUCUCAUAUCCAGAACUAUUUUUAAAUGGUAGAAAUGAUUUCUUUUAUGAUGAGAAUUCAAAGUUAUACGUCCAACCAAUGUAUUUAAAAAGCUUUAUAAGGAAAAUUUUAAAAGGUAAUGAUAAGAGUGUUUUAAAGAGCAUUACGUUGGCUAAUGACUACAAAUUUCCAAAUAAUGAUUCAAAAGAUGUUAACAGGAAACAUUUAACUUUAUUUGGUGGAAAAAACACUCUAUAUGAUUUACUUUCAGUUAAAACUGUAUCUCGUAGUCGUGGCGAGUUAUUUCAAUCUAUAAUGCAGGAAUUGAAAUCACAAUCUAAAGUUCCUGUUUAUUUCACAAUCGAUAACUUCUCUCGUAUUUUAGUAACCUCCGAUUGUGCUUAUAAGAAUGUAAAUAAUAAAAAUAUCAGAUCAUUAGAUUUGCAGAUUGUAAAGACAAUUAUGGAUUUUGUUUCUGGUGACUCUAAAUUUAAAAAUAAAAAUAGUGCAAUUGUAAUGGCAACAUCCGGUGAUGAUAGAACAAAUAGAACUUUACCAAUCGCAUUGGGUAAAGCUCAACAUGAUGAAUAUAUUCCAAGAAAACAAUAUGAUCCUGAAUUUGCAGAAAUAUUAAAGAAGGGAAAAGUUGAAGAAUUCCAAGUUCCUAAAUUAACAAAGGAGGAAGUGAAAGAAUUAAUGUCAUUCUAUUUGGAAUCCGACAUUGUGUUGAAGAAAGAUAAAGAUUCUAAAAGUUUAGAUCAACUUGUAGAUGAAAAAUAUUUCUUAAGCGGUAACGGAAACCCAAGAGAAUUGAUAAAAAGCAUCGUUUUAUCGCACAUAUAA